CUCAACCCUGGCGCGUGCCUCUACUGUUGAAGCUCGUGUUCCUCCUCCGCCAGACGUGUGCUCCUCCUCUGCUCCGCCACUUGUAUCACCCUCUCCCUCUUCGGUCCAACUUCACCUCCUCACCUAUCCUUAAUUAUAUCCAACUCGAAUCUCCUUCCUUUCAAAGACAAGGAUUCUCCUCCAAAUUUUAUUUUCCCCUUUUGUCUUCUCUCUCUGUCUGUACUUCUGUAUCUGCAUUAUUCAGGGCUCCAUCUCAACUCAAGGCCCUCUGCAUUUUUGGAUAAUAAUAAUAACUAUGGCCAUUUCUCAGCGCGAGUCUCCCGUCGGCCUUAAGACCCCAUUGAUCCAAAAGCAAAACGACGUCGAGGCCGGCGCCGUUUUGGACUACUCCCCCUCCCGCUCUGGCGGCUGGCGCUCUGCGGCCUUCAUAAUCGGAGUUGGAUGUACGGAGAGGUUUGCAUUCUACGGCGUCAGCUCCAACCUGGUGACGUUUCUGAGCGGGCCGUUGGGGGAGUCGACGGCGACGGCGGCGGAGAAUGUGAACACGUGGUCCGGCACCGCGUCUUUGCUUCCGCUGCUCGGAGCCGUUGUCGCGGAUUCGUUUCUAGGGCGCUACCACACCAUCGUUUUCUCUUCUCUGCUUUACAUCUUGGGGCUAGGCUUGUUGAGUUUCUCGGCCAAGCUUCCUUCUCUCACCGGUUCUGAUUGUGGUAACAGCAGCCAGUUGACAUCAUGCUAUUCUCAGCUGCAAGUGAUAUUCUUCUACUUUUCUCUAUAUCUGGUAGCUGUAGGGCAAGGUGGAAACAAACCUUGCAUACAAGCUUUCGGAGCUGAUCAGUUUAAUGGACAAGAUCCGGUGGAGAGUAAAGCUAAAAGCUCAUUCUUUAAUUGGUGGUACUUUGGUAUCUGCUCUGGCUCCUUAUGUACACGAUUGAUAUCAAGCUACAUACAGGACAAUUUCAGUUGGGUUCUGGGAUUUGGAAUUCCUUGUAUUGUGAUGGCUUUUGGCCUAUUUGUUUUCUUGUCGGGAUCAAGAACUUAUAGGUAUAGCGUCGAAGGAGAUGGGAAUAGUCCAUAUGCUAGAAUUGCUAAGGUUUUUGUUGCUGCAUUUAAGAAUUGGCGUGCGACUCCUUCAGAGCCUCUUGCAAACCCGCCCCAUCAAAGUUCUGAAAGAUACAAGUUCCUCAACAAGGCAUUACUAGCGCCAGAUAGUCAUUUGAAGGAGUACAACAAGGUUUGUACGGUCUCUGAGGUAGAAGAAGCAAAGGUUGUUCUUGGUCUUUUUCCUAUAUGGAGUACAUGCCUGGUAUAUGCUAUUGUGCUUGCACAGAUGUCAACUUUCUUUACCAAGCAAGGGGCGACACUGGAUAGAGAAAUUGCAGCCGGCUUUGAGAUACCAGCUGCUUCACUUCAAUCUUUUACCAGCCUCAUUAUUAUUCUCUCCAUUCCUAUUUAUGAGCGUGUCUUUGUUCCAAUAGCUAGUGCUAUAACUGGAAAACCCUCUGGCAUUACAACGCUACAAAGAAUAGGAACUGGGAUAUUUUUAGCUGCUCUUUCCAUGAUUGCUGCAGCUGUAGUUGAGGCGAAAAGGCUUGAAACUGCUCGAGAGUACGCUCUGGUUGAUAUGCCGCAUGUUACAAUUCCCAUGGGCGUGUGGUGGUUGAUUCCUCAGUACUUGUUGAUUGGAGUGUCUGAUGUUUUCGCUAUGGUUGGUCUGCAAGAGUUUUUCUACGAUCAGGUACCAAAUGAACUACGAAGUGUAGGAGUAGCCCUCUACCUCAGUAUCUUUGGUGCAGGAAACUUCCUGAGCAGCUUUCUUAUCUCAGCCAUAGAGGAAGCAACCAGCGGCGAAGGACGAAUUAGCUGGUUUUCGAAUAAUCUGAAUCUUGCACAUCUUGAUUACUUCUACUGGCUGCUCGCUGGACUCAGUGUAGUGGAAUUGGCUGUCUUCACUUACUUUGCAAGAUCUUAUAGGUAUAAAAGGUGAGGUAGAGUAUAAGUAGUGCUUAGACAGUUGUUUAGGAGCUCACAGGUAGGGCUGGAUUGGUUGGUAUACUAGUCUUAAUUUUCCAAUACCAUAUACCAACUAAUAUAUAUUUGGUAUGAAAAAUCCACAAUUUAUACCAACCAAUAACGUUGGUAUACCAAUUAAGUGGUACGGUUGGUAAUGGGCUUGUACCAACAUAUUUAAGGCCCAAAAA